GUACGCAAAGCAUUACAUGGAAAAUAAUGUUCCCAAACGAACCCUCCUCAAAGUGUUUGGCAUUAGGUUUGAUAUCAUUGUGAAGUCACUGGCAAGAAAAUUUGACAUCAUUCCAACGCUGACAGCAAUAGGCUCUGGAGUGGGAAUCUUUGGAGUGGCAACAGUAGUUUGUGACUUGGUCCUGCUGCAUCUGCUUCCAAAACGAGAGUUUUACAAGAACAUGAAAUUCAAAUAUACAGACACACAAACACAGCAGGACAGCGAGUUGCUCGGUAAAGACUCAAACAUCUAUUACACCCUCGAUGCAAAUGCAAGACAAGACCAAGUCAAAGACAAGUCCAAUGAUCCUGAUUCAGAGGCAGGAAGCAUAGAGACCGAGAAGUGACUUGGGAGCAAAGAAGCCACUAGCCAUGCUGCUGAUGAACUGAACUGGGACAGCACCAUGGAUCGUGCAAGAACACAGCACCGCACACAUUCACCGGACUCCUGAGAAAAAAGAAAAGGCCUCGGUAUUCUGCGUGUUCUGCAUUUCUCCUUGAUCCUCAGCAGCGUCUUCAGCCAACAAGAUGCUCCCACUUUCAAAGCCAACAUGAGUGACUGUCAGUCUUGCUGUUCUGAUAACAAAGCUCCGUCGUACGUGUACUUUUUGGGUGUUGUUCCGUUUACUUUUGUUCACGCGGUGGGUGUAACCUCCACAACUUCGCUGAUAUCUGGAAACAAGCGGGCGAGAGAGGACGAUCCGGCACUUUGGCGUCUGUGUGUACAUGGACCAUUCAUCACCUCUGUCAGUGUCACUGUCAUAGCAGAACACACAAACGGAGCUUGUGUUUGCAUGCGCUGCUGGAGUCGUCCACCCCGUGUGUGCACACUGUGAUCAAUAAAGCGGUACAGUAACAUUUGCAAAUUAGCAA